ACAACCACGAAAACCACAAAACGAACACUGCCUACAACAACCUGUACGUCUAGCUUCCAUUCCAGAGUUUCCGAACCAAGAUCACACACGACAUUUACCCAAAGCAAGCUAGCCACACACAUUACACAUACAAUGGGCAAGGAGGUGGACGUCGCUUCCCUGGAGGCCGGCGGCGGCGCCCGGGACUACUCGGACCCUCCGCCGGCGCCGCUCAUCGACAUCGACGAGCUCGGCAAGUGGUCCCUCUACCGCGCCGUGAUCGCCGAGUUCGUGGCCACGCUGCUGUUCCUCUACAUAACCGUGGCCACCGUCAUCGGCUACAAGCACCAGACGGACGCCUCCGCCCCCGGCGCCGGCGCCGACGCGGCGUGCGGCGGCGUGGGGAUCCUGGGCAUCGCGUGGGCCUUCGGCGGCAUGAUCUUCGUGCUCGUCUACUGCACCGCGGGCGUCUCGGGCGGGCACAUCAACCCGGCCGUCACCUUCGGGCUCUUCCUGGCCCGCAAGGUCUCCCUGGUCCGGGCCCUGCUCUACAUGGUGGCCCAGUGCCUCGGCGCCAUCUGCGGCGUCGGGCUCGUCAAGGGCUUCCAGCGCGACUUCUACGCGCGCUACGGCGGCGGCGCCAACGGCGUCAGCGCGGGCUACUCCAUGGGCACGGGGCUCGCGGCCGAGAUUAUUGGGACGUUCGUGCUCGUCUACACCGUCUUCUCCGCCACCGAUUCCAAGCGCAACGCCCGCGACUCCCAUGUCCCGGUGUUGGCCCCGCUGCCGAUCGGGUUCGCGGUGUUCAUGGUGCACCUGGCGACGAUCCCGAUCACCGGGACGGGGAUCAACCCGGCAAGGAGCCUCGGCGCCGCCGUGGUUUACAACAACGACAAGGCCUGGAGUGACCAGUGGAUCUUCUGGGUGGGGCCCUUCAUCGGCGCGGCGAUCGCGGCGCUGUACCACCAGACCGUCCUCCGCGCCAGCGCCAGGGGCUACGGCUCCUUCCGGAGCAACGCCUAGCUCACUCCCUCGCCUCGACGCCACGCAGUUGGGCUCUUGCUCCAUACAAGAGUUUAAGGGCGAACGGAGAAGUCCACUGUGAAGUCUGCAGUGUGCCGCGCGGCAGCGCAAGUGUCCGUGUUGUAACUUUGUCUGCCUGUGUACUUUUCCUUUUUCUUGAGGGAAUGCCUGUGUACUUUUCUAGCUCCAAGUAUCAAUCAAUAAAUCGAGGUGAAAGAAUACAAGUGCCGAUAAAAAAUAUUAAGGACUGGAUUCACAAUA